AUGACAGCCGCAGUGUCCCCAGCCGCACUCACCACCGCCGCGAUCCUCCAGCUGGUCCUCAGCUUCGUCGCUCUGAUCCUGGCGGCCUUUUCUGCCGUUUGUUUCGGCGCCGAGUUUGCGUAUGGCGUUGUUUGGUGGUCGUUCGGCUGGACACUGGUUAUUUCAUGCCUUCGUUGGUGGACCCAUGAUCUUCGACGCUCUACUGUCGAACAGAUGGUCCACUUUGCCUUUGAAGUCUUCACUCUAGUCGACUGGGUGGUCGCCACGGGUGUCCUUGUGUCUUUGAACAUACACCUGCACCACCUCUCGCAGACAUAUGCAUUGGACAUCAAGAAUAACAUCCCUCUGACGGGCGAGUUGAUAACGCACCAAUUCACCAGUGUGGGUCUGGGGGGCCUAUACUGCAGCUACGCGGUGAAUGCGGUCACGGGUAUAAUCUUCGUGCUGUUCGUGUUUUCGAGCUAUGGGAGUGUCAAGCUCCUGUUAUUAUCAAGACAAGCACCGUUGAGCAGCGACGACUCCGAGAAGAACUUUUCAUACGAGAAGAUUUCAACGCAGGAGCAACUCGUCCAAAAGGUGCCGUCGUAG